ACAGAACUACAAAUACAUAAUCACACCCAAAUAGCCUAUUUGCUCAUAGCUCUCAAUGAUGAAAUCAAAAUAGCCAUGGGCUCACCCGAUCAGAAAUUAGAGUAGUCAAAUUAGCUCCACAGUUUAUCGAUGGCCAAUUAUUUUCCCGGAAACUCAUCGGAAAUCGGCCUCCUGAUGAACCCGACCUACGUGGGCUACUCCGGCAGCCACACCGCCGCCGCCACGUCAGCCUCCGGCCUCCACGGCUUCAUCCCGCCGAACAUCCAAUACAGCCUCUACGGCCUCCCCGUCGAUCCCCCGCAGGGACUCUCCCUCAGCCUCUCCUCUCAGCCGUCACUCGCCGGAGCUCCGGUGGCGGCCCCGCCGCCGGGAUCUGGGAUCUCGAACGGUGUGCUCCUGAGCUCAAAGUACCUGAAGGCUGCGCGGGAGGUUCUGGACGAGGUCGUGAGUGUUGGAUGGGCCGAACUCACCAAGGGGCGGCGCAAGAGUGCCAGAGAAGGCUCACCGGCGGUGGCGGUGGGUGGAGACGGAGAGGACGGCAGGGCGGCGGCGGUGGCCGAGCUGACGGCGGGGGAAAGACAGGAAAUUCAGGUGAAGAAAACGAAACUGAUCAAUAUGCUCGAUGAGGUGGAACAAAGGUACAGACAGUACCACCACCAGAUGCAGACGGUGGUCUCGUGGUUCGAGCAAGCAGCCGGUGUUUGCUCUGCGAAGACCUACACUACCCUCGCACUCCAAACCAUCUCCAAACAGUUUCGUUGCCUUAAGGACACGAUUUUAGGACAAGUGAAGGCCGCCAGCAAAAGCCUGGGCGAGGAGGACAAUUUGGGCGCCAAAACCAAAGGGUCGAAGCUCAAAUACUUUGAUAACCAAAUAACACAACGGAGAGCCUUGCAACAGUUGGGAUUGGUACAGAACAAUGCGUGGAGGCCUCAAAGAGGCCUGCCCGAGAAAUCAGUUUCCGUGCUACGCGCAUGGCUUUUCGAACACUUUCUCCACCCGUAUCCGAAGGAUUCGGAUAAACUGAUACUGGCAAAGCAGACAGGGCUUACCAGAAGUCAGGUGUCCAAUUGGUUCAUCAAUGCUCGAGUCCGUCUCUGGAAGCCGAUGGUUGAGGAAAUGUACGUCGAGGAAAUGAAAGAUCACGAGAAAAACGGCUCGGUGGGAAUAGACAACAACAACAAUAUCAACAGAAGAAGUAAAAUCGAGCACACAAACAACGACGACCCCACUUCAAAACCUCCAAAGGACCCAACAUCCAUUCCGCCGGGCUUCAACAUCAUCGGCCCGCAAUCCAAAAUCGAGGCCCAGCACAACCCCAAGAAGCUCUGUUUUGGGCUUGACAUGGACACCGUCAAUGAGCCCACGGACGAGCGCGGGCCCAAGAUGUGUCUGGGUUCAGGCUUAUGGGUGGGCCGGCCAACUUCAUAGGCGGGUUUGGGGCAUACCCAAUGGCCGAGUUCGGGUCUGAACAGCAGCAACAGCAGUUCCACAGGGGUGCGGGCCUACCGUGGAGGUAUAUAUUUUUGUAAUUUGUAUCUAUAUAUAUAGGUACGUGUUGAAAGAGAGCCGUGUCGAUCGGUUUCUUAUUAUAGGUAUAUUCAUAGGGAAUUAUUGGGGAUUGUAUAUUAAUUUUGUUUUCCCAAGAAAAAAGAGUACUCCCUCCAUUUUGAAAUAUAA